AUGACCUCACUUGCACGCGGUGGUGACGCCAGCCGCAACAACGUGUGGAGCACGUGCGGGCAAGUCUACGGUCAGCUGGCGCUGGACUCCGGCCUGCCCGGCUCACAAGCGCUCGUGGAGGGAGGAGGCGUGCGCCGCCUGCUCUGGACUGUCGCGCUCCUGACGCUGGUGUACUACAGCACCACCGAGACGUCCGCCAUCCUGCGCGAGUACUUCACGUACAGCGUGGCCGUCGCCUUCGAGUACAACACCAACGAGUCCUUCGAGAUGCCCGACGUCACCGUGUGCAACGUCAACCCGCUGCGAAGGUCCAAGCUGUGCGCCCUCGAUGCCACGGAGCGAGGGAUGAACUCGGAGCUGGAGGAGCGUCUCUGCGGCAAAACACAGAGUUUUCAAGAAGCCAAUGCAGACGACCUGCGGCUGCAGCACUACAUAUCGGACUGGAUUGCGCAGCGCAAGGCGUCAAACCGCACGUGGCUAAGGACCCUCGGUCACCUGUUUGGCGACGUCUUCAUGGAUUGCACCUACCACGACCAGGACUGCAGAGACGAGACGCUCUUCCGCAACAUCAGCAACGUCUGGUACGGCAACUGCUUCUGCUUCCGUUGUGGCCACGCUGAGCGGUUAGAGUACAACGCCCUGUCGUCACCUUAUGACGGGUUAGUGCUGACGCUUAAUCCGGAACUGGAUGAGUACCUGCCCACUUCCUACCAGGCGGGCUACAUCGUUAUGGUCCACGCACACGGCACCAGAUGA